AGUUUUAACAUUCAUCUCUCACCUGUGCAGUGACAACGGUGAAAAAAUGGCUUUAAUUCCAGCAGGUCCUGAUUUGAGGAUUGUGAUGAUUGGAAAAACUGGUGUGGGCAAGAGUGCUGUUGGGAACACCAUCCUGGGAUGUGAGCAUUUCAGAUCUUGUCCUUUAUCUGUAUCAGUGACUGAGUUCUGUCAAAAAGCUUGGACACAGUGGGGGAAGAGAUUAGUUAGUGUUGUAGACACACCAGGGAUCCUGGACACUUCAAAAUCAGAUGAGUUCAUCAAAAGAGAAAUUGUGAAAUGUGUUGAAAUCUCCUCUCCCGGUCCUCAUGUGUUCCUGUUGGUCAUCCAAAUUGGCCGAUUCACGAGAGAAGAAAAAAACUCAGUGGAAGCCCUGCAGGAGCUGUUUGGCCCCGAGGCAAACCGGUACAUGAUUGUGCUCUUCACCCGUGGUGGUGAUCUUGGAGGCAUAUCCAUAGAGCAGUAUGUACGUGACGCUGAGCCAGGGCUUAAACGCAUCAUCCAAAGCUGUGGAAACAGGUACCACGUCUUUGACAACACCAGCAGCGACAGAAAGCAGGUGGUGGAGCUCAUCAAGAAGAUCGACAAAAUGAUGGAAGUAAAUAGAAACACGCACUACACAGACGCCAUGUAUAAAGAGGUAGAGGAAGCACGCAAAAAGGGAGUAACAGUGCAGCAGUAUAGGUUCACUGAGUCUUUGUGUAAACGUAUCAAACUUUUUCGCAUCAUUCUUGGGAAAGAUUAAACUGCUGUGGUUAAUUGUAAUUAUUCUAUUCUAAACAAGACAACUCUUUUUUUUUACCUACAUGAAAUAUACAGUUUGUUCAUGAUGGCACACAGAGUGUAGAUAGCUGUGUAAGAUCAAUAUACGUUGAUUUCCCAUAAAGAAAUAACACAAUACAAUAUUGUUCAUUAUGUGAGUUUAUCUUUUGAUGUUAAACAAGAAAGUAUUUAUAAGUGAAAUAAUGAUCAUGUAAGCUGUCUAUUAAAGCAUUUAUUUUUUCUGUUGCAUCUAUUCUGAUUUGUAUAUGUGCAUGAAAUUAUGGUGGUUAUGUCUGAGCUGAAUUGUACACUGUUUUAAUCUAUUGAACAAUUUAGGGGACAAUAGUUAAAUUUAGUCAAGUAAAUAUUUUAUAUAAAUGAGAAUUGUGGAUUGUUUUGUCUUUUAAAGAAUGAGGACUUCAGUUUAUAAGGAGUUUUUAUGUUGGGUCUGUUCUGCUCUGGCUGUUUGUAUUAAAACACAUUAUGAAAAUUUCCCUUUAGGCUCAUUAUUGUUUGACAAUUAUUCGUGUAAAGCUUCUAGCCUAAUAAAAACUAAUA